AAGUAACAGUUUUUUCAUAUCCGAUGCCAUGGCUGGAAAUAUUAAAAGUAUUUUGGCGAACGCUCUACUAAACAUUGAAGAAACAUCAUUAGAGUCCUUCAGGAGAAAACUUAAUGAAUUUGAGAAGCCAGGAUUUUCCAAAAUUUCUCUAACGAAUAUUGAAAAAAAAACUGCAGAAGAAUUGGUGGAUGUUAUAUGUCGCCAUUACACUGUGGAUUGUGCACCUGACAUUAUUGUGAAGCUCCUGAAAGAAAUCAAUGAGCGCCAAUCUAGUCUGGACCUUGAAAAAGAACUUAGAGUGGGUGUGACAAUCAACACAACGAAGAACUCGGGAAGUACACUGCAUUUGGAAUCAACCCCAUUGAGAGACAGAACAAAUCACAUACUGCCUAAUCGUUAUGGUCACCAUGAUCGCCAGGGAACUGCAAAAAGAUCUCUAAACAUGGGGAGACAUAUAAUGCCAAAAGGAAAACCUCUGCCUAACAUACAACUAAACCAAUUGACAGAGUACAAUUUUACCCAUAUGAAGGAGGAUCACCAUGACAAACCAUAUAUAUAUGCUCGGCUUUUAUUCAAGCUUCUUGUGCCAUUACAAAUAUGUCAAAAUUGGGCUGCACAAAAGGUAAACUUUGAUGGCUAUGGAGGUCACAGGGCUAUUCCAGGAAACCUGUUGGUCACUAUAAUGAUGGAGGUCCGGAAGGAAUUUGGAAAAUUGAAACCAGAGGAUAAAAAAGAAAUAAAAAAGAAAUUGAAUUACCUCCUGAAAAAUCCCCCCAAGACUGGAUGGCCACGACAAUUUUGAUAAUUUUUUUUA